UCAGGUAACUGUUUUGAAAAAAGCGGAAGGGGCGUUCUCGGCGGCAUAUGGAAAAAAAGUGUGUAGGUUUUUUUUGGUAACGCGUGAGAAAAGACUGUCGUUGCUGCCUGUUUGAUGGAGCUUUUUAAUGCAAAGUUUGUGUCUCAUAAAAUUAGCCGGACACGAUGGAGCCCGGUAUCCUCCACAUCGCUACAGUCACCCGAGAUUUUCGCUACGGGAUCGUGGGAUAACGAGCACAACAAAAUUUCAAUUUGGUCAAUUAAAACGAAUGUAGGAGAUGAUCAUUUUGAAGGUGAUCCUCAAUUGCUUUGUGAAUACAAACACGAUGGAGAUGUUAUGGAUCUUCAGUUUUUAGAUCAAGAAAAAUUUGCUGUGGCUUCAUCUACUGGGUCGUUGACCAUCUAUCGUUUUCAGCCAAGCAGUCAGAAGAUUACUGUAGUCCAUCAAUGGGACCGUACACAUUACUAUUCCUAUGGCAACGCACCAUGCACUAGUGUUGCCUGCCGUUCUCCAGAAAUCGUAACAGUGGGUGAAGAUGGGCGAAUCAACCUCUUUAGAAUGGACCAUAAAGGCAUUGAACACACUAUAGAUAAUGCUGAUAGCAGUACAAUACACGCUGUGACCUUUUUAAGAACAGAUGAGGUCCUUACAGUCAAUUCCAUUGGUCAGCUAAAAAUGUGGGAUAUCAGGCAAGGAAACAAACCAUCACAGAUUUUGUCCAUAAGUGGAGACAGAGUGCCUCUACAUUGUGUUGACAGACAUCCAAAUCAGCAGCACAUUGUAGCAACAGGUGGCCAGGAAGGAAUGCUGUGCAUAUGGGAUGUUAGGCAAGGAACAGUGCCUUGUUCACUUUUGGAAGCACAUUCUGCUGAAAUGUGGGAGGUCCAUUUUCAUCCAUCAAAUCCAGACCACUUAUUUACCUGCUCAGAAGAUGGCUCUCUCUGGCAUUGGGAUAAUUCUGGUUCUGAUAACCUAUCUCUUCUCCAGAGUGGUAGAAAUGCAUCUUUUAUGUCGAGGAACAUGUCUGCCUCUUCGAGCAUCAACCAGCCCCACAUUAGUUCCUGGUUAAAUACACAUUCAGCUAAGGGACGCCUAGAGACCACUAAUUUACUUUCUGGUCAGAAUAUGUCUGUGAACAGCCUGGAUGUUCUAGGCAAGUGCCUUGUUUGUGGUACUGAUGGGGAAGCCAUAUAUGUCACUAGGCACCUGGGACUUUAAAAGUAAAUAAUGCACAUUCUUGUUUUAUAUUUAAACUAUAUUUUAAGUAAUGUAAUGCAUUUGAAAUGGGCAUAAUAGAAUGUUACUGAAGUAUGCAUACAUAAUUCAUUGCUUAGCACUCUUUUGAUAUUCAGAAUGUACUGUCAAAAUUCCAUCAUUAGUACUAUUUUUGUUUUUGUAUUAAAAUAUUUUUUUCC